AGAACAGCAGCAGGAUGAAUCGUAUUUUUCUGUCUCUAUUUGUCGGGGUCGUCUGCACAGUCGCAGCUUCCUCAGCCACCUGCAUCAUCGACGGUAACAAGGACGACGAGGACAACGUACAGGUAAUUCGCCUGGACGAGCCAGAAGACGAGGAAUAUUCAGAAACUGGAAUAAUAGAAAUCCAUAUCCCAUCAGGAAGUCGACGAAAAAGAGAAACACCCAGUAAAGAAAAUGAGAAAUCCUGCACGAAUGAUGAAGAAUGUACACCUGGGACAUGUGACUUGAAAACCUCUAAAUGCAGCAGCAGUACAGCUGAAAACCCAGCCAAUCCAGGAGAAACACCAACUGAAAAGCCCGCCAAGAACCCUAAAUCAAAUGAAGAAGAAAUCAAAUUGUUCAUAUGAGUAUUACAAUUUAUUUAGCACAAUAGUGUACUUAUUUGUCAUGCAUACAAUAUUCCUUGUAUUCCAGAACAAUAAAAUUCUAUUUUUCGUUGAAAAUUCAA